AUGGCGGGAAGGAGACCUCAUUCAAGAGCACAUAUUUCAACAAAGUCUGUGCAGCAAUAUCUGGACACGGUGGAGGAUAUGAAUGAGGAGCUAGGGAAGAUUAAGGAACUGAUCACCAAGUACGGAGACAACGAAGAACCCAAUGAAAAGCUUAAUACAAAAAUUAUCCUGGUACUUAACAAGGAUGGAAUCACCCAGCACCUUGAAGAAGCUGGGCGUCUGAACAACUUCCUGUUAAGGCUUACGGAACAUAACAAGCCCAUCAUCACUCGCCGCGUGUCUCGCAAAGGUACGAAUCACUAUGGAAAGAUACGCUCCCAUGCAAUCGAUUUGUAUGAAGCCCUCCAACGCAACUUUCAAACUUCCCCUGCCUGCAAUUGUAUGUUGCGUCCCGACGUGAACAUGAAGCUCGAGUUUCGCAACGCCAAAAUCACGGCAGAAGGUCUUCAUUUCCACGCGGUAUUCACAUCGGAUGCGCAGUUCUGCUCACCAUGGAACUGGCGGGAAAUUGAAAUGCAGCCCUGGGAGAGCAAAGCCACCAUUUGUCACGAGAGUCAUACUCGGGUCCAGCUUGCUAUCGAACCACCAGUUGCCAAGUAUGGAUACAUUUCCGACCUUUGUGCAGCGAUCAUAGGGCCUAUAUCAUCAUGGGAGUGGCUGGGGGCUAUCAAAAGCCACAAAGGCACACAACACCGCAUCAGGGCGAUAUAUCAUCGGCAAAGGCUACCGAGCUUCAAGGACAUCGAGACUGUGUCGCUUGCUGAAGUUCUAAGUGAUGAAGCUUUCCGUCUGGAGCAAAGGUCUCGCUUAGCUCUUAAGCUAGCUUCCUCGGUGAUGCAAUUAAAUACCACUGAGUGGCUAAGCGAUUACUGGAGUAAAUCCGACAUUUCAUUUCUCCGUUCCUUGGAGAAAGUUGACUUUAACAACCCACUAAUUCGACGAAGCUUCGGACCGCGACUUGGGCUGGCUUCUUUGUCGAACAGUCUUCCAAACCUUUACUGGAAUAUUCCAUGUCCCUUCUCACCAGGAGUUGUGAUCUUAGAACUAUGGUAUAGGCAGGCGCUCGAAAAGCUGAAGAAUGAGACGGAGAGAAAGAUGCCACCGGAGUACUCCGAUGUUCUGACAGCAAGACGCUUGGCCAGUGAGAUGGACUGUAGUCCAAAUUAUAAAAAUAGUGUGCAGCGAUGCGUGUCCGGGCUUGACGCUGCUUACACAAGCUUGAUGGAAGAUAAAUUUCGAGCGGAAGUAGAAGAGAAGAUCAUUUAUCCAUUGGAAGAGGAUCUGAGAUUCUACUGCAACAAAGAUUCUAUUGAAGAUUGCAUAUAG